AUGACCCCGGAUGUCGCAAGCCUUGCAUUGAGUGAGACCACCCACACUAACGGGGAUUUGCACAACGACACAAAUGCAAAUGGAGAUUGCCAAAACAACGGAGAGCUCCAGGAUGCCUUCGUCGAUAGUGUAGCGACUUCCGCUAACACACCCGAACUGGUGCCUGGCCUGGUCGAUCAAGUUGCUUCUCUUGGCAAAGUUGCCAACCUGCAAGACCACACCGAUCGAUCAACACUUUUGGAAGCCGCUCGAUCCCUGGUCUAUUCACUUGAAACCCCACGCGAGGCUAUGAUCAGAUACUGUUGGUCCCAGGCUACUCUUUAUGCUGCCUUGGAGACUGGUGUUGAUCUGGGAAUUUUCGCUAUUCUGUCUAAGGAUGAGAGACCCAAGUCUGCUGCCGAGAUGGCCAAAGCCACAGGUGCUGACCCAGUCCUUCUUGCUCGUAUCCUGAAGCACUUGUGCGCAAUGGGAGUCAUUCUUGAAACUGGCCCUAAUGAAUACCGUCGCACCGGAAUUUCCAUUUCGUUGAGCUUGCAACGAUACAACGAUGCAUACCCUUGCAUGACUAACUGCAUUACCUCCGGUGUGCUUGCUCUGCCCGCCCAGCUCAAGAAGGACGGUUAUGUCAACCCAGCCAACGGCAAGGAGUGCGCCUUCCAGCGCGGAUUCCGAACCGACCUUCACUUCUUCGAGUUCAUGAAGGAGAACCCAGAAGCUGCUAGCCAGUUUAACAACCAUAUGUCCGUCUACCACCAAGGACGUCCUAGCUGGAUGGAUGCUGGAUUCUACGACGUGCCCAGCCUGUUCUCCAAUGUCGCACAGGAUGAUGUUCUCCUGGUCGAUGUUGGAGGUAGCAUAGGCCACGAUCUCUCAGAGUUCAGACGCAAGUGGUCUGAUGCCCCUGGGCGCUUGGUACUCCAGGAUCUUCCCGACGUGAUUGCUCAAGCCAAGACAGGGCAACUGCACCCAUCUAUUGAGGUCAUGGAGCAUGACUUUUUCACUGAGCAGCCUAUCAAGGGUGCUCGCGCUUACUAUAUGCACUCUGUCCUCCACGAUUGGACUGAUGAUAACUGCCGCAAGAUCUUGAAGGGUCUUGUGGAUGUUAUGAAGCGCGGACACAGCAAGGUGCUUAUUAACGAGAAUGUCAUCCCUGACACAAACGCAUACUGGGAAACAACUAGUCUUGAUCUUAUCAUGAUGGCCGAUUUUGCUUCGACUGAGCGGACUGAAGCCCACUGGCAUCAACUGGUUGGAUCCGCUGGGCUGAAGAUCACCAAGAUCUGGACUGCCCAGAGAGGAGUGGAGAGUCUUAUCGAGUGUGAAUUGGCAUAG